AGGUGGGUACUUGAGUCUUGUUGACUGCAUGACAUCAACUCCAAGUUAUGACUACUUUGAUACCGACAUUUGUACUGUGAUUAAAUUGCGUGUGUGUGAGUGCUGUGACUACACUGUCCACAGCAAAUACCAACGGCUGAGUAGUAAGUUGUAAAGAAACAAGUAGGCUGCUCGCUUGAGUAAGACGCCUGAACGCUACCAGUUUUGAAGUUAUCGCGAGUUCUCGCAACUAAUGACUCAGUUAAGUAGUAAUCAGGGACAGUUUCAUUCAAAAUAAUGUGUAAUAGCCGGUAUGUGAGUGAAAUACAAACCGGAGCGAGGCAGGUAUGACGCGGCGCUCGGCGGGCCACCACCACAAGCGCACAGCUGCGGGCCGCGCGUCGCCGCCGAUUGGCUGCGCGCGGGAACCGGUCGCCGCGUCCCGCCGCCCUGCCCCGCUCCGCCGCUACAAACAACUUCAAAUUCUUAUUCAUGUUCCUUGCCACGACCGUUGCUGCCGUUGAGAGCGCGCGCACUAUGCGCCCGUACUUCGCGUAAUCUUAUCGAUAUGUGCUCGAUGUUCAACGUGAAUCUAGUGUUUUGAUGUGUCAAUUUAACAUUAGAUUAAGUGCACGGCGGAGCACUCUGAGUGUGCAGCGAGACGCUCCGACUGCGCUAUGAAAACACACGCACGACCUGGUGUUUUUGUUCUUUUUGUAUCGCGAGUGCUUGGUGAGCGGCUUCGACGUAAAGUUACCUGUGCCAUGUGCAUCAGAUAAUGUUGUGCUCCUGUUAGUUUGACGACAAACUAAUAUGCUAGCUAGUGGAUAUUGCGACGGAGUGGCGUAGUGCUUUGGUGAUUCAUAGUGCAGUGUGGUGGUAACAUGAAGGUGACAGUGUGCUUCGGGUCGGUGCGGGUGCUGGUCCCGUGCGGCGCUGGCGACCUGCUGGUCAGAGACCUCGUGCGGGAGGCCACGCACCGCUAUAAGAAAGCUACUGGACAGAGUGACUUGCUUCUGUUCUUAAAGGUGCGGUUAAAUUCUUCUUACAAAAUGGCCUUUAGGAAAUGCAAGCGUUAUGAGAAAGAGUAUGAUGGAUACUCGGAAACCAUUGACAACAGUUCUACAAAGUGA